AUGGCUCCAAGAGACAAAAAGGUACAACUUGACCUUGAAAAAGGACUAACAAGUGAUGAAGAACAUCAAAUUAAGAGCCCAUUUCCAGGCCCUAAAAACAAGGCAAAAUUAUUGCUUUCCAUGUUUAGAGGCAGCUUUUCGGAUAAUUCAGACGACGGAACAUCUUUACCCACCGAUCCUUCAAAUUCCGGUAGCGCAUUCACGAUGAGCAUGAACAAGGAAGAACAAGAGAGCAAAGAUGGUAAAGAGAACAACAAAAAUAAGAAUAACAAAGGAGUAGGAAAAGAGAAACGUAAUAAAAAGGCUCCAAAGCCUCCAAGGCCACCAAAGGGUCCUACUUCGGAUGCUGCUGACUAUAAGUCGAUUAGGGAGUUAACUGAGUUGGCUCGUUUGGAACGGGCUAAAAUUGAGAGGAUGAGAGCCUUGAAGAAGAUGAAAGCUACCAAGGGAACAUCUAAUAAUACCACCAUAUUUGUCAUGCUCUUCACCAUUUUUUUGUGUGUUAUCAUCAUCUAUCAAGGUAACAUAUUCAUAUCUUCAAGGUUAAUUUCAAUUCCAUAUGAUUGA